AUGCCAGAACUGCGCAGCAGUACUCCCCAAGCACGUCUGAGGUUCAGGAAGCUUGAUGAUCAACAAGCAGAGCCGGCUGUGAAACCGGUGCCACCUGCUCCACAGAGAGCAGGGAAGAGCGUUCAUAUACCUGCUGCCAGGGGCAGAAAGGGUGCUCCUUGGAGAAGAGUGGUGCCGGCACCAAGACGUGCAAGAAAGGGGGCGGAAGUUGUUGACUUGGAUGCUAACCUGGGUUCUGAACACCUCCCUAAAGCUGUUGCCAUACAUGCAGUUGUUUGUGAAUCCAAGGACCCUGCUUUGAACAAGGUUGUUCAGUGUGUCGGCAAUAAAGGUUUGAGAAUGGAUGGUGAAAGUGCUGAAAAGCUUGUCGGCGCUGAAGACGAUUCAAGAAUAGCACCAAUCCCGGAGAGGGUUCACGUAGGUAAUUCUCCUGUGUAUAUAACUGACAGGAAACUAGGUAAAGGUGGCUUUGGUCAAGUGUAUGUUGGUAGAAGGGUAUCUGGUGGGACUGCCCGCACUGGUCCUGAUGCAUAUGAGGUUGCAUUGAAGUUUGAGCACCGGAGUAGUAAAGGGUGCAAUUUUGCACCCCCAUAUGAGUGGCAAGUUUAUCAGACUCUCAACGGCUGCUAUGGUGUACCGGCAGUCCACUAUAAGGGCCGGCAGGGCGACUACUAUAUCCUUGUAAUGGAUAUCCUUGGUCCCAGUCUUUGGGAUGUAUGGAAUUCGCUGGGACAAGAGAUGUCUCCACAUAUGGCUGCUUGCAUUGCUGUAGAAGCCAUAUCAAUUCUUGAGAAGUUUCAUUCCAAAGGGUUUGUUCAUGGUGAUGUGAAACCAGAGAACUUUCUGCUUGGUCUGCCUGGAUCACCUGAGGAGAAGAAGCUUUUCCUUAUUGAUCUUGGUUUAGCAUCAAAGUGGAGAGAUUCGUCAGGUCAACAUGUUGAUUAUGAUCAAAGGCCUGAUAUCUUUAGGGGGACAAUUAGAUAUGCAAGUGCUCAUGCUCAUCUAGGUCGUACAGGUAGUAGGAGGGAUGAUUUAGAGUCAUUGGCAUACACCCUUAUAUUUUUGAUAAAAGGAAGAUUGCCUUGGCAAGGCUACCAGGGAGAUACCAAGAGUUUCCUUGUUUGCAAGAAAAAAAUGGUUACCUCUCCGGAUAUGCUAUGCAGUUUCUGCCCACCUCCGUUCAAACAGUUUCUUGAGUCUGUCACAAAUAUGAAAUUUGAUGAAGAGCCAAAUUACGCCAAACUUAUUUCUCUCUUUGAAAGUUUGAUUGAAUCACCUGCAUCAAGGCCCAUCAGAAUUGAUGGGGCCCUUAAGGUGGGGCAAAAACGUGGAAGGCUACUUGUAAAUCAUGAAGAAGAUGAUCAGCCUAAGAAGAAAGUUAGAUUAGGGAGCCCAGCAUCACAGUGGAUUUCAGUUUACAAUGCCAGGCGCCCUAUGAAGCAGCGGUAUCAUUACAAUGUGGCUGACAACAGGCUUCAACAGCAUAUAGAAAAGGGUAAUGAGGAUGGUCUAUACAUCAGUUGUGUGGCUUCUUCAGCAAACCAUGGCCGUAUGGUGCUUCUCUCCGGGAUGGAGUAG